AUGCUGAAAACACUUGCAACCGUCCCCCUGCUGCUCCUAGCCUCCCGCGUCGCCGCCGAAGGCUGCAACACCAUCAGCUACACCACCUGCGCCGACCGCAUCGUCCACUGGUACGACCCCGAGACCGGCGAGAUCUGCGAUCCCCUUGACUGCGGCGGUGGCCGUGCUCCGCCCAAGACGGACGUCCCGGGAUGUCCCAUGUACACCGGUUCUGAGACGCGGGCGACAGGUCCUUCGUACCUUCCCUGCUGGACACCCUCUGCGACUGCGACUGCGACUGCGACGGAUGCGGAUCCUAGCACCACCUUCGAGUCGUCUUCGUCCUCGUCUGGAACUGUGCAUAUCGUCACAGAGACCUCAUUUAGCACCGUCACUGGUAGUUCGACUGUCGUUGUGGUCACUUCCACUGCGACUAUCCCGACGCCUGAUAACAGUGCCACCUCGUUCCCGUCUACUACUCCGGCUCCGAUUCUCUCUAUGAGUUCUGAUGUCACUGGAAGUUCCAGUUCUGGUGCAGGUGCAAGUUCUAGCGGUUCUGCCUCUGCCCAGACGACUACCACGUUCAACGCCGGCGGCGCGUUGACUGGAUCUCUGGGUGCUGUCGCAGGUGCUGCUCUCGGUGCCAUUGCGUUGAUCUAG